CAGGCAGGGCACAGACAGCUCACAACUCCCUUUCACUAUUACCACGGCAUAUAUGCCUCCGUCCACUGUCUAGCGCUUCCGGCCAGUGUCGGCGGUCAGCGGAGGUGCCCAGAGCGGGAGCUGACCGCGGGCAUCGCUGUACGCCUAUCGUGCUCAAUUAUACGCGCUACCCGCAACUUUCUCCCAAAAGAUCAUAUCUUGCAAAGCUUCAUGAGAGCUUCGUCACCCCAACGACCGCGAUUCAACUUCGAUGGCAUCUCUUACGCGCCCUUCUCUCCUUCCACAAUGCAUAUCGUGCUCACGACGAAUCUCUGAAUAUGGCCUCAAGGCUUGGCUCCCCUUCCAACAGCAGCAGACUCGCGGGAAGAAGACGGACACGAACAAGGCAGACUUCAUUACCGUCCGACUACUCAAGAAUGUCGCGACAUUUGGGAAGAAGGGCUCCAUCGUCCCCGUGAAACGCUCCAUAAUGCGCAACACUUGGUACCACCGCCGCUGGGCUGACUACAUCCCCUGGGCCGAACUACGCACCCUCACAACUCUCAAAACGCCAAUGGAGCGCGACUGGGACUAUGGCCGCGCCGCCGACCUGCCCCUCGACUCCAUCAGUGCCUCCGUUGUCAAGGCCGCCGAGACUGCCGCUUCGACUACCCAGCCCGUGACUCUCAGCACGCUCAGCCCACAGCGCACAUUCGAGCUUCUUAGCAUCUUCGUGCCCGCCUCCCUCGUCCUGCGACGGACGCCGAUCAGCAAGGACACGUCAGAGCCGACGCCCAAUAAUAACCACGUGGAUCUGAGCAGUCCGGGUCCGAAGAAGCCGUACUUGGGCGAAAUUUACGGCAGUGUGAGCCCAGCGGAUCUGGCAAGCGAGAUUGUCCGUAGUUUGGCAUUGAACGAUGAGGCGAGUAUGGUGCAGGUGUCCGAGGCGGAUAUUCGUUUUGUGAAUAUCGUGGGCGCGGCGGCCGAAGAGGUGGCUGCUAAUAACAGGAUAAAGUACUUGGGUGAUUUUGAUUUCGAGGUCCAGGUUAGAGGGUUGGAGUCUGAGGCGCAUAAAGGACUACUGAGGAGGAAAGUCAGGGUUGUUGUGUGAGAUACCUGUAAUCAGGGUAGAUGGUAUUGAGAAGCAUGUAUGAUAUGCUUUUACUGGAUGACAAUUUGUUUCGACUUUCUCUGAGAAGAACAGUCGAACUUGGUCAGUUGUAUGAAAGCACUGCUGUAGCUAGCUGGUCAACCUUUACUUCUCCUAGAAUUGAUCUACAAACAGUAGAAUUUUGAGAAUAGAGUGGUAUUAGUGAAUAGCUGCCAUCAAUCGCUAGAAAUUAGUAAAAGCUUGCCUACGCGGGAUAACCGGAAGUCGGCG